AUGUCUUCUCCACUGAGCGCAAUCAAGAUCCGCCGGAAGAAGAAUGUCAAGAAGGGUAUCCAGUUCUGUUUGAUGGUGUGCGGAGCCUCGGGCACAGGGCGCACUACGUUCGUGAACACCCUCUGCGGCAAGAAGGUCCUCUCCGGAAAGGACGCCGACGACGCGACAAACGCUCAUCUCGAGGAGAAUGUCAAGAUCAAGCCCGUUACCGUUGAGUUGGAAUUGGACGAGGAAGGAACUCGUAUCUCUCUCACAAUUGUUGAUACCCCAGGGUUCGGUGACCUAAUUGACAACGAGGCAAGCUUCGGCGAGAUCGUUGGUUAUCUCGAGCGUCAAUAUGAUGAUAUUCUUGCGGAGGAGUCGCGUAUCAAGCGUAACCCCCGUUUCCGUGACAAUCGAGUCCAUGCUCUGCUCUACUUUAUCACCCCUACCGGCCAUGGCCUUCGCGAACUUGAUAUCGAACUCAUGAAGCGUCUGUCACCCAGAGUCAAUGUUAUUCCCGUCAUUGGCAAAGCCGACUCCCUCACACCCGCCGAGUUGGCCGAAUCAAAGAAGCUGGUCAUGGAAGACAUUGAACAUUAUCGAAUCCCCGUCUACAACUUCCCAUACGAUAUCGAGGAGGAUGACGAGGAUACUGUCGAAGAAAACGCCGAGCUCCGUGGGCUCAUGCCAUUUGCAAUUGUCGGUUCCGAGGAGAUUGUCGAAAUUGGAGGCCGUAAAGUCCGUGCUAGGCAAUAUCCAUGGGGUGUUGUGGAGGUUGACAACCCGCGACAUUCCGAUUUCCUCGCCAUCCGAAGCGCUCUUCUGCACAGCCAUUUGGCAGAUCUGAAGGAAAUCACGCAUGACUUCCUCUAUGAAAACUACCGUACCGAGAAGCUCAGCAAGAGCGUCGAGGGUGGUGGUGGAGCUGAUUCAUCCAUGAACCCCGAGGAUUUGGCAUCCCAGUCCGUCCGUCUGAAGGAAGAGCAGCUUCGUCGCGAGGAGGAGAAGCUCCGCGAAAUCGAAAUCAAGGUCCAACGGGAAAUCAACGAGAAGCGACAGGAGUUGCUAGCACGCGAAAGCCAGCUCAAGGAGAUCGAGGCAAGAAUGCACCGGGAGCAAAGCGCGCACAUGGAGGCCGUAAAUGGGCAAGCGGAUCACUCGGAGGCUUGA